CUCAGAUGACAAACUGAACCAAACUCGUACGAAAAAUCAGUCCUUUAUUUAAAACACUCGAUCUUUUCCAGAGUUUCUGUGCGAAGCCCCGAAACGAACCCGGAAGUGAGGGGGCGGUGCUUCUCUCGGUUUUCAUCUUCGACGCUCGCCAACACGCGGAGGAAGAAAAACUUCCCAUGAUGCUUUGCUCGGCAUGGCGGCGCCCAUGUGUCGGCGCGUGUGUGUAAACAGCUGGAAUAUCGGCUGUUUCGGGGAUUAAACUGAACUUUUCCUGCGUCUUUUUAGCAUCGUGGGACUUUUUCCUCCAUAUUUUUCCACUUUUGACGCGACGAGCUGAAGAUGAAGGUGAAAUCCAAGUCUUCGUACCACAAAACCGAGAACACCUUCAGGUUUCUCACGUUUGCUGAAAGGCUUGCAAACGUAAAUAUCGAUGUGAUCCAUCGCAUUGACCGGACGGGAUCCUACGCUGAGGAAGUAGAAACUUUCUUCUCGGAAGGACUGACAAGAUGGAGAGAUCUGAACUUAACGGAGCAUUUCACUGCGUUCUUGAAAGAGGUGUCCAACAAGAGCCAGUCCUUCAACAUGCUGGUUUUCCACCAGCAGUCCAUUGUGGAGAGUCUGAAGACCCACCUGGCGGUGAAGGACAGCCUGGCCUACCAGCCGCUGCUGGACCUGGUGGUGCAGCUGGCCAGGGACCUGCAGACCGACUUCUACCCCCACUUCCCCGACUUCUUGGUCCUGAUCACGUCCCUGCUGGAGACGAGGGACACGGAGCUGCUGGAGUGGGCCUUCAGCUGCCUGUCCUACCUCUACAAGUACCUGUGGAGGCUCAUGGUGAAGGACAUGACCCGCAUCUACAGCCUGUACAGCUCCCUGCUGGCGCACAAGAAGGAGCACAUCCGCAAGUUCGCAGCCGAGAGUUUCGCUUUUUUGAUGAGAAAGGUCCCGGACCUGGACGCCUUCCUCAGCCACGUGUUCUCGGACCUGGAGCGGCACCCGGAUAAGGUGGAGGGAGCCGGCCGGCUGCUGUUCGACAUGUGCCGAGGCGUCCGGAGCAGGUUCCACUCCUGCGCUGCGACUGCUCUCCCUGUGGCCCUGCGGAAGCUCGGCCCGGCCACCUGCCCUGGGACGCCGCUGCCCUGGGACGCCGUCAGGGACGCGCUGGACCACAUGGCCCAGGCGGCGGCCGACCACGUGGACAGGGAGCACUUCCUGGUCCUGUGGGACAGCCUCCAGGCGUCGCUCCUGGAGGUGCUGGGCGCCGUGGCGGCGGAGCAGGGAGGCGUCGGCGCGGCGGCGGAGCAGCUGGAGAGGCUGCUGUUCGUUUACCACACCCUGGUGUCCCACAGGGGCGGAGCCAAGAUCACCAAGCCGGAGGACGUUUGCCAGACGGUGCUGUCGCUGGUCCGCAGCUCGCCGCCGGCCUCCUGCAGCCGCCUGGUCCUCCAGACCGCCUCCUCGCUGCUGCUCGGGGACAACGUGGUCCUCCCCCGGGCGCUGGCCCAGCAGGCGGUCCAGCAGGUGUUCAGCAGCGGGAUGGAGGAGGACCUGAUCCUGGAGUUCAGCAGGGAGAUGUUCACCAUGAAGCACUUCGAGCAGCUCUUCCUCCCCAGCCUGCUGCGCUUCGCCGCCGGGCUGCUCGGCCGCGGCGACGCCCCGGCGCGCCACUGCGGCCUGGAGGUGCUGGUCGGCCUGAUCCUCGCCAAAGCCCCGCCCCCCACCGACGGCUCCAUGGCCUUCGAGACCUACCCGCUGCUGCUCCCGGGCCGGACCGCCAGUGUCGAGGAGGCCGGAGCGGCGCCCGAGCCUCCUGCGGUACCCGGGCCUCCUGCGGUACCCGACCUGGUGCUGUCGCUCCUGGCGGCGCCGGACGAGGACCAGCAGCCCGUCGCCGACCUGGCGCUGCCCUGGGCCGCCCUGGUGCUGCUGCCCCACCUCAGACCUUUGGCUCCGGCGGCGGUCGUUCCUGCCGUGACCUCCUUCCUGGACCGGCUGCUCCGUCACGUGGAGGAGGGACGGAUGGGGACAGCCGCUCUGUUCGUGGCCCGACAGGCUCUGAGCUGCCUCCUGUCCCUGGACGGCUCCGCCCAGCAGCUCCGCCCCUCCACGGCGGCCGGGAUCGACGCCGUCCUGCGGAAGUUCCCGGCCGAGCCGUCGGCGCUCCUGCUGGGAGACCUGUUCUACACCCGCCUGGCGCUCAGCGGCGCCGCACAGCCGCUUUCCCACGAUGCCUUGCAGCAGCUCUACCAGACGCUUCAGGCCAACCUGUCCUCCAACGUCUCCAAAGUCCGCCUGCUGACCCUGCGGAUCCUGUCCCAGUUCCAGGCCGAGCUCCCGCAGGCCGAGGAGGACGAGGCCCCGGCGGUGCAGCCGGUGUUCGCCGUGUGCCUGCAGGCCGAGCUGGUGCCGGCGUCGGUGCAGGACUACCGGGACAAGCUGCUGCACCUGCGCAAGCUGAGGCACGACCUGGUGCAGCGGAGCCUGCCGCUCGGGCCGCCCGGGGCCUUCCAGCAGGUUCCGCUGCGGUACCUGAUCGCCAUGCUGUUCAUCAACUUCCGGCCGCUGUGGGACGCCGUCAUCGAGCUCCUGGUGAGCCACGCCCGAGGGAUGGACAGCGCGGCGUUCUGGACGGUGUACGGCGAACACCUGGAGCUGGUGGCCGGCCUGGCCGAGGAAGAGCUGCUGGAGGACGACGCCGGCGGCGAGGGGGCGGAGCCGGGCCUGCAGGGCGAGCCUGGCUGCGACGUCGUCCAGAGCGGCGACGUGGGGGCGCUGUUCCUGGAGCAGCUGAAGCUGACCUCCGACCCCGGCGAGCGCACCGACUUCCCCAACUUCCGCGGCCUGCUGUGGCGCGCCAUGACCCAGUUCCCCGAGCGGGCGGAGCCACGGAGCCGCCAGCUGAGCCCGCUGCUGCUGCGCUUCGUCAGAAAUGAGUUUUUCACCUCCGACCUGCUGGUGGCGCCAAAUCAAGAUCUGAGGAGGAGCGGCGGCGGCGUCCAGGAGGAGUCGGGAGCGGCGGUGGAGAUGGAGGGAGAGAGAGAGGGGGAGGAGGAGGAGGAAGAGGAGGAAGAAGAGGCAGGCAGACAGCAGAGGAGGGGACCUCCGAGGAGAGCCGCCGCCAAACAGCUGAUCGCUCAUCUGAAGGUGUUCGCCAAAUUCACCAACCCCCGCGCUCUCUACCUGGAGAGCAGCAUCCGCGAGCUGUACAACCAGCUGCUCUGCCAUCAGGACCAGCACAUCCAGCGGGCGGCUCUGGAGUGUGUCCUCACCUACCGAGACCCCGGCGUCGUCCCGUACAGGGAGAAUCUGGAGAGGCUUCUGGACGACAAACACUUCAAAGAAGAGAUGGUUCAUUUCAACAUCUCCGAGGAGACGGGGGUGGUGGAGGCCGCUCACCGGGGGAGGCUCCUCCCUCUGCUGCUCAGGAUCCUCUACGGCCGCCUGCGCACCAAGGCCGGCAGUAAGUUCCAGGGCAAGGCGACGGCGGCCGCCCGCUCCUCCAUCAUCCUGCGCUUCCUGGCGGGCUGCCAGGCGGAGGAGCUGCAGAUGUUCGUGGACCUGCUGCUGGAGCCCGUCAGCCACCACGGCCGAGGGUCCUGUCUGGAGGCGGUGCAGCGGGCGGCGGCGGAGGCGGACCCGGGCGCCGUCCUGCCGCUGGGCCGCCACCACAGCCUGCUGAACGUCAUCCAGGUGGUGCUGGAGAAGCUGGGCCACCUGGUCCGGCCGUACCUGCCCCGCCUGCUGCAGGUGCUGCUGUGCCUGGCGGCGUCCGUGUCGGCCGUGCUGGGCGGCAGGGAGCAGCUCCGAGCCGGCUGCAUCAGCUCCCUGAAGAACCUGAGGAGACUGGGCAUCCUGAGGAUCCAGGACUUCUUCGCCGACUUCGACUCGUACGACUUCCGGGAGGAGGAGCUGGACGCCGUGUUCCAGGCGGUGGUCUGGCCUCAGGUGCGUCGCCUUCCCACGGAGAGUACGUUCCCCACCCCGCUGCUGAAGCUGGUCCACGUGUGGAGCAGGAACCCCCGGUUCUUCCCCCUCCUCGCCAAGCAGAAGCCGGAACAUCCGGAGUACGACGUCCUCCUCAACGUCUUCGCCCUGCUGUCGGCCAAGAACGCCUCCCCCGCCACGGUCGCCAUGGUGAUGGACGUGGCCGAAUCCCUCGCCACGGCCGAAGACUUCGUGGCCUCGGACGGCGAGGCGGAGCUGAAGGUCAACGGCUGCGUGUUCCCGGAACCCGAAGGGGGCACCGUGGCCUCUGCAGACGCCUGGAGUCAAGGCUCCCGGCUGCUGCUGCCCCACGUCCCCACCCUGCUGCUCUACCUGGGCGGAGUGGUGCGCAACUCUGACCGCCUCAAGAAGAAGAAGUUCAGGGCUCAGGUGGCCAAAGAGCUCAACAUCCUGUCCAAAAUCAGUCGGUUCGUGGCGGAUAAAGAGCAGAGCUCCACGCUCGUCGGCCUGCUGCUUCCUUACCUCCAGAAGGGCAAAAAUCCACAAGAGACAGAAAUCGACAUUCUGGCGACCGUCCAGAACCUCCUGCGGCGGUGUGAGCAGCCCUCCGCCUUCCUGAGGCCCUUCAGCAAACUCUUCUCCGUCAUCCACAGCAAGCUGCCCCGGCAGGCCCUGACCGGCGUCUUCCAGACCUUGUCGGAUCUGGAUCCUUCUCUGACCUACAUCACUGACGCAGCAGCGAAGCUGAACGCCUUCGACAGCCGACACCUGGACGAAGUCCACUUCGACGUGCGUCUGACGGCGUUCCAGGAUGCCACCAGGCGUAUCGGCGCCAUGCAGACCCUGGACCUGGACUUCAUCCACGCCGUCCUGCACAACUGCUUCCACACGUACGAGAUCGGCGACAUGUCGCUGGCGGACAACGCCACCCUGUGUCUGUCGGCGGUCAUAACCCGGCUGGCGGCCGUCGGCGCCGGAGAGCAGGUCUACAAGGACGUGGUUCAGCACACCAUCCUGGACGCCGUGCUGAAGGGACUGCGCAGCAGAACCGAGAACGUGCAGCAUGAGUACACGUCGGUUCUGGCCUGCCUGGUGAGAACCUUCCCCUCCAAGAAGGAGUUCCGGGACCUGGUGCAGCUCGCCGACUACAACGACCCCGAGUCCGACUUCUUCGAGCACAUGAAGCACAUCCAGAUCCACCGCCGCGGCCGCGCCCUGAGGAAACUGGCCAAGCAGCUGAGCGACGGCACGGUGGCGCUGACGCCGCGCUCCAUGCAGAACUACAUCAUGCCGUACGCCACCGCCGCCCUGCUGGACCCCAAGAUGCUCAAGCAUGAGAACAUGACCUCCGCCGCCGUGGAGGUGGUGGGCGCCGUCUGCCGCAGGCUGACCUGGUCCAAGUACCUCUACUACCUGAAGCAGUUCAUCCACAUCCUGCAGACGGCGCAGACGGAGCAGAAGCUGGCCGUCAGUCUGCUGGUCACGGUGCUGGAGGCGUUCCACUUCGACCACGAGACGCUCAGCAGGGAGAUGGAGGCAGCCAGAGCCAGAGAGGCCGGGACUCAGCCGCCGGAGGACGGCGAGGAGGAGGACGACGGCGCCGACGCCGAGCCGCCGGAGGCGAGCGACGAGGAGCCAGAGGAGAUGGAGACCGACGCCGCGAUGGAGACGGAGCCGGCUGAGAGGGAGAAGGACGGCGCCGCAGCCGCAGGUAGAGGACGGCCGGCGGCCAUCUUGCCCGCCGCCGCCACGGGCCUGCCGCAGAGCAGGGAGCAGCUGGAGGCUCUGGUCGCCUCCAUCCACCGGACGGUGAGCGACAGCGUGCUGCCCCGCCUGCACAAGUGUCUGACGGCGAAGGUGAAGCGUGACGACGAGCACAAAGCGGUGAAGUCCAAGGAGCUGAAGGAGGAGGAGGUCCUGCGGAUCCCCAUCGCCUUCGCCAUGGUCAAGAUCAUGCAGACUCUGCCGCCGCACGUCAUGGAGGCCCACCUGCCCGGGAUUCUGAUCCAGGUCUGCGUUCUGCUGAGGAACCGGUUCCAGGAGGUCCGGGACGUGGCCCGGGGAACCCUGGUGAAGAUCCUCCAGGCUCUGGGCUGCAGGUACCUGCACUACCUGCUCAAGGAGAUGCAGGGGGUCCUGGUGAAGGGCUACCAGGUCCACGUGUUGACCUUCACCGUCUACCAGCUGCUGGCGGCCCUCAGCCCCGCCCUGCAGAGCGGCGACCUGGACCCCUGCAUGAACACGCUCCUCGACAUCUUCAACAACGAGCUGUUCGGCUCGGUGGCGGAGGAGAAGGAGGUGAAGGGCAUCGUGUCCAAGCUGAUGGAGGCGAGGCACAGCAAGAGCCUGGACUCCUACCAGCUGCUGGCGCAGUUCUGCAGCAAGCAGAGCGUCACCAAGCUCAUCCUGCCGCUGAAGGAGAUCCUGGAGACGUCGUCCAGUCUGAAGGUGUGUAACCGCGUGGCGGCCGUGCUGCGCCGCCUGGUUCUGGGUCUGCUCGCCAACACGGGCCUGACCGCACAGGACGUCCUGCUGCUGAGCCACGGCCUGGUGAGCCAGAGCCUGCCGCUGCUCACCCGGAGAGACCGGGACAAGGCGUCAGCGAAGCCGCCCCCGGACCCCCGGCUGCCCCCGCCCAGCUGCCUGCUCAUCCCCGCCGCUCCCAGACGAGGGGGCCAGAAGGCUCCCGUCAGCAGCCGCACCAACAUGCACAUCCUGGUGGACGCCGGCCUCAAGCUGCUCCACCUCAGCAUGAAGAAGUCCAAGGUGACGUCCUCCGAGGCCUCGGCUCUGGAGAUGCUGGACCCCUUCGUGCUGCUGCUGCUGGACUGCAUCGACUCCACGCACGUCAAGGUGAUCACCGAGGCGCUGGUGGCGUUCACCUGGCUGCUGAAGUUCCCCCUGCCCUCCGUGAAGCGGAACGCCGAGCGGCUGACCGGCCAGCUCUUCGUCCUGCUGAAGGACUACUCCAAGGCCGGCGCCGCCCGCGGGGAGAACUACCAGCUGGUCCAGAGCUGCUUCAAGGUCAUCACCAUCCUGGUGAAGAGCGUGAAGGGCGCCGACGUCUCGGAGACGCAGCUGCAGGUGCUGCUGGGAUACGCCGAGGAGGACAUCUACGACCAGUCGCGCCAGGCCACCGCCUUCGGCCUGCUGAAGGCCAUCCUGUCCAGGAAGCUGGUCGUCCCCGAGAUGGAAGACGUCAUGAAGAAAGUGGCGGAUCUGUCGGUGACGGGCAGCAACGCCAUGAUCAGGACCCACUGUCGACAGAUCUACCUGAAGUACCUGCUGGACUACCCCCUGGGGGCCCGGCUGAAGGAGCACCUGGACUUCCUGGUGGCCCAGCUGGGCUACGAGCACGACACCGGCAGGGAGUCGGCGCUGGAGAUGCUGGCGUUCGUCUUCCAGACGUUCCCGGAGGAGCUGCUGGCGAGGCACCACGCCCUCUUCUUCGCCCCUCUGGCUCUCGUCGUGAUCAACGACGACUCGGCUCGCUGUAAAAAGAUGGCCGCCAUGGCCAUCAAGACCCUGCUGCCGCGGCUGGACGCCAACAGCCAGGACAGCCUGUUCUCCCUGGUCCACACCUGGAUGGGCGCUGAGAAGAAUGCACUGCGGCGCCUGGGCUCCCAGGUCUGCGGGCUGUUCGUGGAGGUGGAGGAGGAGAAGUUCUCCCGCCGUCUGGACAACCUGCUGCCCCUGCUGGAGAAGGAGAUCAACCCCGACAACUACGAGGACAUCGAGGAGGAGCAGGAGGAGAAGGGAGCCGACAGACUCCUGUUCAGCUGCUUGACUCUGAUGGGGAAACUGAGCAAACACUGCGGCCUGCUGGAGCUCGGCCAGCCGUCCGCCACGCUGCGGCGCCUCUGGGGUCACGUGGAGGCGCACCUGCGCCACCCCCACUGCUGGGUGUGGCUGAGCGCCUCGCAGCUGUUCGGACAGCUGUUCGCAGCGCAGCGGGCGGAGCAGCUGGUGGCGGCCUGGAGAGGAGGAGGAGGAGGAGAUGCUUCAUCAUCCGCUGCUGUCAGCUUCAUCACCUCCAGCCUGGAUAAGAAGAUGCGAGAGCUGGCCUUGUCCUUCUGCCAUCAGCUGCAGUCCCGGUUCCUGGACACGGCGUCCGGAGAGCAGGUGAUCAAGAACUUACUGUUUGUGGGGAAGGUGAUUUACCUGAUUUCCCCCGAGUCCCAAGUCACUUCUGCCCCAGAAGAAAUGAAGGAGGAGGAGGAGGAGGAGGAGGAGGAGGAGAGGCAGAAAGAAGAGGAAGAUGAGGAGAGGCAGAAAGAAGAAGAAGAAGCAGAAGAGGAAGUGGAGGACAAAGAGAAGGAGGAAGAGGACGAUAAGGACGAGCGCCCGCCCUCCCUGCUCUGGCUGAUGAAGAAACUUUCCCUCAUGGCCAAAAGAGAAGCAGCAUAUUCUCCCAAAGUUCCUCUCAAGAGAACGUGUGUGUUCAAGUUCCUGGGAGCGAUGGCGAUGGACCUGGGGAAGGAGCGGCUGGGCGCCUACCUGCCCACCAUCAUCGCGCCGCUGUACCGGGAGCUGGACAGCACGUACGCCGAGCAAGAUCCCACGCUGAAGAACCUGGCGCAGGAGCUGAUGGAGCUGCUGAAGAAGCAGGUGGGCCUGGAGGCCUUCUCUCUGGCCUUCUCCGCCGUCCAGAGGGAGUUCUCACAGCGGCGGGCGGCUCGCAAGCGGCACCGCGCCCUGCAGGCUGUGGCGAACCCCGACAUCGCCGCCAAGAAGAAGAUGAAGAAGCACAAGAACAAAAUCGAAGCCAAAAAGAGGAAGAUCGAGUUCCUGCGGCCGGGAUACAAAGCCAAGAAGCAGCGCAGCCACGCCCUGAAGGACCUGGCCAUGGUGAAGUGAGGGGCAGCCACGCCCUGAAGGACCUGGCCAUGGUGAAGUGAGGGGCAGCCACGCCCUGAAGGACCUGGCCAUGGUGAAGUGAGGGGCAGCCACGCCCUGAAGGACCUGGCCAUGGUGAAGUGAGGGGCAGCGACUCCUAGCUGUUACUGACUGUAAUAUCCUCAGACUGGAGCUGAUCAUGUGGUUUCUGACAGCUGUCCCACAGCAGACUGCCUCCCUUGACAACAAAUCAUUGAAUCGCAGAUGAAAGCUGAAUUCAGUUUUUUUUUUAUCUCCUCUCUGAACUCGCUGUCAAACUGAACUUGGAUUUCUACUAUGCAGGUUAAAUGUAUGAGUUUUUGUAGAUAAAAAAAUAAAACCCAGAUAACAUGAAAGAUUCACUACAGUGCUAUAGAUCCCUGUUAGUUUUCUGAUUGACGCUUUUAUUUUAGUCAGGCACCCCGUUUGGACAGCUAUGGGGCAAGACUGGAGUGUGGGCGGAGCUUAUC